AUGCACCCGACUGCUGCAGUCAGCCCGAUCGUUGCUUCAUGGAUGAAAGAGCAGGGAAUCUAUUCCAUAGCCGGGCUCCUGGGCCUCUCGCGCGAAAUGCGAGUCCUUUGGAGCCCGCCUUAUCUGUCCAGGCUAUGGUGCGUCUUCGAGCUGGCUGCGUUCCGGAAGAAGAACCCCACAGGCAGGUUGGUCAUUGCUCCGCUUUUCGUGGAGCAUGCCGUGCUCAUUGGAAUCUUGGGAGCUUACGCCGCAGCAGGUGCCCUUUGGUCCAGCAGCGUGGUGAGGGAGGUGGUUCGGGACUAUUUUCCCAACUACUACGAAAUGUCGUUCUUUGUGUCUCUGAGCCCUGUGCUCUUCAUGAUCCAUUACCUACGCCGGACGGCGGAGGCAAAGCACAAGCUGAUCCAUGAUCUGCAGAAUUUCAGGCUCGAGGGUGCCCUCUGCAGUGAGGAAGCGGAUCGCGUCUUCAUCCUUCGGGCGAUCAAACGCUGGUACGGGAGCACCAGCGCCUUCGAGGAGCACGUGCAAGGACCUCUGCGGAAGGAGUUGCUGCAGUCCGCUACGCGGAUUUCCACCAGCUAUACGGUGCUGUUGGCUUCUGCGGCCACGACCGCAAUCCUCGAAGAUCACCUCGCCCUGUGGAGGGGUGGCGUACCCUUCUGGGACGGUGCAACACACUUCGUGGGCUUCGUUCUCGGCAGCUACACGUUCUGGGCGGCGAUCUGCUUCCGUGCAGUGAUUUCGCUCUCCUUCGCCACCUCAAAGCGACGCCAUUUCUGCUUUGACUACUUGAUAAGCCUGUCAAUUCACGUGAUCUUCUGCUUCAUGGCCGUCCUGGGGAACAUGAUCGCUAAAGAG